GGAUGAUAUUGUGAUACUUUACAGCACCUGCUGCUGCUAUACAUACAAUGGAGAGGAAAAUAGCCAAGGAAUUCCGCCAUAAGGUCGAAAAGUGCAUAGACAAUGAAGCAGAGAAAGAUUAUCUUUAUGAUGUGCUGCGCAUGUAUUAUCAGUCUAUGAACCUCCCAGUUUUUGUCGGAGACCUAAAGCUUGUUUUCAAUGAUCCAUCUCGAUUGCCACUUUUUGAUGCCAUACGUCCUCUAAUUCCAUUGAAGCAUCAAGUGGAAUAUGAUCAGCUGACGCCCAAACGUUCAAGGAAGUUAAGAGAAGUUAAACUAGAUCGCUUACAUCCUGAUGGUCUGGGACUCAGCGUCAGAGGAGGACUGGAGUUUAACUGUGGCCUUUUCAUUUCACAUAUAAUGAAAGAGGGACAAGCAGAUAAUGCCGGACUUCAGAUUGGAGAUGAGAUUGUCAGGAUAAAUGGAUACUCCAUCUCUUCGUGCACACACGAGGAAGUAAUAAAUCUUAUUCGUACAAAAAAGAUUGUGUCAAUCAAAGUAAGACAUGUUGGACUGAUACCUGUCAAAAGCUCUGCAGAAGAACUCUUACAAUGGCAGUACGCUGAUCAGUUUGUGUCAGAAACAGAGGAGGGCAAAAGCAGUGUGGCAGGACUGGCAUCGGCUGGUGGAAGGGACGUUAAGGAAAAAAAAGUGUUUAUUAGUUUAGUAGGCACCAUUGGUAUGGGAUGCAGCAUUUCUAGUGGCCCUUCUCAAAAACCUGGAAUUUUUAUCAGCAAUGUUAAACCAGGUUCAAUUUCUUCUGAAGUAGGAUUAGAGAUAGGAGAUCAGAUUGUGGAAGUAAAUGGAGUGGAUUUCUCUAGUCUGGACCAUAAAGAGGCUGUGAGAGUGUUAAAAAGCAGCCGUAGUCUGACUUUAACCAUUGUAGCUGGUGCGGGUCGAGAGUUGUUUAUGACUGAAGACGAAAAGCUGACAGAGCAACGGCAUCGUGAGCUGGAACGACAAGAACUGCUGCGCCAAAAGAAACUUGCAGUGGAAACUAACAAAAUACUCAAAGAGCAGCAGGAAAAAGAGAGGCUGCGAAAGAUGGAAAUUACCCAGAAAGUAGCAGAAGAAGAGGAAAGAUUUCGCAAGGAGGUUGAGAAAAUUUCUGCUGAAGAAGAAAAGGCAAAAAAAGAGUGGGAGGAAGAUUGGGGCCAUAAGGAACAAUCUCAAAAAAGUCCUAAGCAAGUUUCCCAACAUGCACCUCGCAGCUCCCCAACAAAACAUAAAAUGGAUGAAAAACAUCAGCUUAAUGUGGACGGCACAGCUGGUGUUAAUGGGAAGCAAAACAAACAGGUAUCUGAGACAGAACGAGAAGAUUUAGAGGAGUCAGAAAAGGUUCAGCAUUGGGUAGAAAGACUCUGUCAGACCCGCCUGGAACAAAUCUCUUCAACAGAAAAUGAUGCACACGAGGUGGCAGGUGUGCGUCCUCCUGCCGCCUCUUCUCCUCCCACUGUUGUGCCUGCAGCCACUGCAGUACAGAGGUUUGUUGGUGGUCUCCAACUUCACACUACAGACUUGGAUGACAUCAAUUUAGAGGAGUCAAGUCGUCCUAUUAAACGACCAGCUCCACCUCCUCCUUCAGCACAAACGCUUUCUGCUUCCUCAUCAUCUCAGCAUCCUCAUUCACCCAAUGUCACCAUGGCGAGGAGAAGUGCCCCACCACCUCCAACCUCAACAUCAAGAUCUUCUCUUAUACAGCCCACCUGGAUGCACUUACCCCCUCCAUCACCUCCAACACCAUCAUCUACUUCUCAUCCACUGGGCUCAGGUCGCCCACCACUUCCAUUCUCUGAUGAAUUGAAAAACUUUAGGGGCAGACCAGCUUUAAGGUCUUCAAUGCCAGAACCCACAUAUCCCCCAAGUCCAAAGGUUGUGAGAAAUACUUCCAACGUCAGCAAGAUUUCAUCUACUUCCAGCAAUACUUUGCAGUUUGCACCAAGCCCACCCACCCAGCGACGCCCAGCUGUUCCAAUCCCAUCUAAACCCAUCAUGUUGCCUCAUGACUCUAAUUUCAUUCUCAGACCAGCGGUGAAAUCAGAUCCUUUGCCGCCUGAGAUGCUAAAGCGGAUGGUUGUGUACAACUCGUCUUUUAGAUCUAGCAAAAAACAAGGUUUCCAGAAAUAUGAGGAAGACUUUGAUCCGUACACUAUGUUUGCACCUGAGCAGAUUGCAGGAAAGGAUGUUCGUCUUCUUCGAAUAAAAAAGGAGGGGCCAUUGGAUCUUGCAGUAGAGGGAGGAAUUGAUUCUCCUAUUGGUAAAAUUGUGGUGUCUGCUAUUUAUGAUGGAGGAGCUGCAGAUAAUCAUGGUGGAAUUGUAAAAGGAGAUGAGAUACUGGCAGUGAAUGGAAAAAUUAUGGUUGAUUUGACCCUAACAGAAGCUCAGAGAACAAUGGCUAAAGCUUGGAAUGUGGGAGGAGACUGGAUAGACUUGGUCAUAGCUGUGUCUCCACCUAAGCAGUAUGAUGAUGAUGUGACUCUAUUUUAAUGGAAGAACCACUGUAAAAUAUAAAUGAGAGAUAAGUGGGAAGAAAGACAACUGGAAUUACAGGAAUGGAUCUACGGAAGAACUACGCUGCUUGUUUGCACAGCACCUUUUUAACUAUGAUUAACAAAUAGAUAUUGGGAAACUUAUGUAAUGCACAAAGUUCCUCAUGAUACUGUAUAUGUAUUUUUGACGUGCCUGGAUGAACCAAAAUAGAAUUUUAUGUAUUCAGAGUCUAUUUAACUAAAAAAAAAAAUACACAAUUACAAAUAAUUUGAUAAAUGUUAGAAAUGUGUAAAUUGUAUUAGCAUUGUGAUACAUUUAAAUUAUCAUGGAAUACUUUGUAUCUAAGCUUUUGAUACUACAGCUUUUUUUAAAGAAAGUAAUAAAUGAAGACAACUUUUAAAAUUAAUUUAUAAAAACACAUAUUUAAAUUAACAGUAAAGUUUUUUUUUCUUUGUUGUAUCUUAAGAAGUGUAUUUUAACAUAUAUUGCAGUAUACAGCGACAGAGCUCCUUAUUAGCAAGUGAGCAAUUUAUUCCUAUGGAUUAGCUGCACACAAUAUGUAUCUCCUACUAGUCCCAUUAUCAAGUUAAACACCUUUAUCUCAGCUAUUCUUUCAUGCAACAUAUUUAAAAUGAUUAAUUGCUUCUCUUUUGUAAACAAGUGGUACCAACCUAAGUCCUUGCACCCACAUCACAGGGAUUCAUAACUCUCAGCAUUACAGAUCUAAAUCAGGAGAGGCUUAGACUGAGUCAAGGAGAUCUGCAUGUGGAGUUUUAACAGGCAGGCGAAGUGUCACAACUUUUCUGUGUGCAGUGCAAUAGAUUUAGGGAGUAGCUAAGAAUCUUUUCUGUUAUGAUAUAUUUAUGUUUAUCUAAAACAGGGGUGUAGGUCAACCACUAGGCCAAACAAUAACAUUUACUUUUUCCCUCAUUGUCAAUGCAAUAUUAAAUGUUUAGGCAUUGUAAUGUCAGAAAAGUGCAGUAAUUCUAUCAUCUGAAUGAAAGUGUUUUGUAUUUUUGUAAUUGUAGCUAACAAAUGAUUAGUAAAGAUAUCUGCAGAGCUGAUGGGUAGUGGUCUCUGUGGCUGGACUUAUAUCCCUGUAUAACUUCACCAUAGACUGGACUAGACCUCUAGCUUUGAAAAAUGUGAUUGAGUCUAAAAGUUGCUAAAUGAUGUCCUGUCAAGCAAAAGAGCUCCUGAGCUCCGAGCUGUCCUGCAUUUUACAAGAUGGUCCCGGUCUUUCAGCUCAGAAUCCUGCUAUCAUUUCAGCACUCCCUCCUGUUCCACAAGAACCCAACUCCAGCUCAGCCACCCCUCCCCAUGUCAGCCCCAACCCUGACCUCAGCCCACUCUGACUCACCCUUAUUCCCUUUUCAUCUAUAAGAUUUACUAGUUAAUCAGAAUAACCCAUCAUUAAUUGUUUAUGGAUUGGCUAACUGUUAAAAUUGAGCAGUUGCACUUUUCUAUAAUAUGUUGUCAGAUUUUUUUAUUAGAGUUUCGCUCAUAGCAGGUGACAUGAAAUCUAAGCCUCAGCCUUUCAUUCUUCUGAGGUUGAUAAAUAUGGUUCUAUUAAAAGGACAUGAUUGUCAGAAUGAAACUUUCAUGAAUUAGAUAGAGAAUUGCAAUUCUGAAAAAACUUUCCAACUUGCUACUGUUAUUAAUCUUACUUUGAUCUCUUAGUAUCCUUUGGAAAGAGCAUAUAUUGAUGUGCUAAGGAGUAUCCACGUGUCUUGAGCACUAAACCAAUGUUGGCAGCAGUGUUUGUAACGAUGUAUAACACUGUAAAACUACUGCAAUAUAGUGCUCAAGACAUGCACAUUCCUGGGCACAUCUAGAUACUGCUUAAUAAUGGAUCCCAAAAGCACAUCUCAUUCUCAAGUAAAUUUGAUAAAAAUAAAUGUAACAUUUUUUUAUAAAUUGCAUCUUAAUCAUUAAAGUUUCAUAUUAACCUUCAUAUCUCUUUAUGCCAGGUGCAAAAUAGCUAUUAUUUUUGAGCUGCCAAUUAUCCAUUUUAGCUUAGCUUUAAAGGGACAGUAAAACAAAAUUAAACUUUCAUGAUGAAGAUAGAACAUACAAUUUUAAACAACUUUCCAAUUUACUUAAUUUAUCUUUGUUCUCUUGGUAUUAUUUAUUAAAGAGUAAACCUAGGUGGUCUUCAGGAGCGUGCACAUGUCUUUGUCAGUCUAUGGAAAGUACUGCUGCCAUAGACUGCUAAAGACUACCAAAACCUAUGCGCCCACCUAGGUUUACUCUUUAACAAAGGAUACCAUAAAAACAAUUACAUUUGAUAAUAGAACUAAAUUGGAAAGUUGUUUUAAAUUGCAUGUUCUAUCUGAAUCAUGAAAAUGUAAUUUUGACUUUACUGUCCCUUUAAAAAAUAGUUAUAUAAAUAAUUCUGUUUUAAUAUGUAAAUAAGAUAAUAUAGAAAACUAAUGUAUUUCACAUUACUAUUUAUUUACAUAUGAAUGUUGUAUAAUAUCCCUUUAAGUUCAAGGGUCUUGAUUUGAUGCAUUUCUCUCCCUUUAAUUUUAUAAAGCCAUUGUCAGUUUAUUUUACAUAAAUAUUUUCCUAGCCUACAGCCCAUGCUUACUCUAGCUUAUUCAUAACAAAUGGUGUUGCUUUAGAAAUAAUGCCCUGUUCCUGUCUACUAGUAUAUUUUGAUAAUUAUAUUAAAAUUAAACCAACUGCUGCAGCAUUUAGUGCUUUCAUAUAUAUGUAAAUACAACUGCAUCAAGAAUUUAAUAAAACAUAUAAGUAUUCGUAAA